UGACCUCUGCGAUGCGGAAGUGAACCAGGAAGUCGGUUUGAAAGCGAUACAGGAACACGAUCAGUGUAUUUCAAGAGCAGGUUAAUAAAAUAUAUCUUGGAACCUACGAGCACAAAAGCUGUAACGCAAUACACCAUGUCCAGGCAGUCCAACAGAACCACAGAUAACAAGAAGAUGAAUUCUGAGCUGUUCACUCUGACAUAUGGAGCCCUGGUCACACAGCUCUGUAAGGAUUAUGAGAACGACGAGGAAGUGAACAAGCAGCUCGAUAAAAUGGGUUACAAUAUUGGCGUACGUCUCAUCGAGGACUUCUUGGCUCGCUCCAGUGUGGGCAGGUGUCAAGAUUUCCGAGAAACCGCCGAUGUCAUUGCAAAGGUAGCCUUUAAGAUGUAUCUGGGUAUCACCCCCAGUGUGACGAACUGGAGCCCUGCUGGAGAUGAGUUCUCUCUCAUCUUGGAGAGCAAUCCACUGGUGGACUUUGUGGAACUUCCAGACAACCAUAACACUCUGAUUUACUCGAACCUACUGUGUGGUGUGCUACGAGGAGCUCUGGAGAUGGUGCAAAUGGCAGUGGACGUGCGUUUUGCUCAAGACACUUUAAGAGGAGACAAUGUGACAGAAAUUCGCAUGAAGUUCAUCAAAAGGAUCGAAGAAAAUCUGCCUGCUGGUGAUGAAUGAAGCUUCUGUAAUGAUGUGACUGAAGAAGCUGAAACGCACUGGACUAGGGGAUCUCAAAGACUUUGAGCGUUAAGUUUGGUCCAAAAAACAGCGAUUCUUUAGCUAAAAAAAAAGCUGCUCCUUUUGAUUGGCGUAUAAGAAAAAUGUAAGUAUUUAGUUUUAUUAGAAACAUUUUUUUUGGAUUAUCACAUUUCCAACAAAGAAUGUGAUCUGUGACGUCCCUUAAACACCUCUAUUUGAUAUUAAAUGGACCUGUAUCAAAUUAUAUUAGGCUUUCUUCACUAUUUACCUGGUGUAGAAGUUACAGUUCCUCCCACUUAAUGUUUAACGAACAGAUUUUGACUUUCUUUAUUCUUGCAUUGUGGAUAAGCUGAUUGGAAGAAGCACGAGGAAGGAUGUACACGCUUGUUUUAAGUAGGCACAGAUGUAUACUGCAUUCCUUUUAACUAGUGAUAUCUUUAUCUUCCCUAUUGGCCCCAUGUUGAAAUGGUUUUCAGACUUUUGGAAUUUGCAUCUAAUAGUUUGGCAAAAAUAUGUAUUCACUAAAAACAAGGAAAGCUCCACAAAUGAAAUCAAAUAAAGGGUUGCAUAUGGUUCUGCUACUUUGGACAUUUUUGUGCAAUCAGCAUAUUGUUCUUUAAAGUGUAUGUGUCAUGUUUGAGUUCAUUUAUAUAUUAAAAACAAAUAUGAGAUGGAUUAAAUUACUAACUCGAUGUGAA